UAAUUUUCACCAUCAAAGGUUUGGUUCUGCAUUUCUUUCCUCUUAGUUUGCUUCUUGAGAGAACAAAUAAGAAGGAAGGGAAAUCGAGGGAUCUUAAAAUUCAAAGCUUAAACCGAAAGAGAAUACGAUUUGAAGGCAAAUCUACAUUUGUUUUCUGCAACCUAACCUUCCAACGGAGGAGCGCAUAAUCUUUAUCGACGUAGAAGAGGAGAAAUUUUUGGGGUAUGAAUGCUCUGUAAUUUCCGUCCAAACGGUGGUUGAAAGGAAGAUAAUGUCGAAACUUUUCGGGAAAAUUGCCGGUUUCUUCAGCAAUAGAACUCUGGUGGGAGUGGACAAAGCGGGGAACAGAUACUUCUUUGUCAAAGAAGAAAUCGAUGGUAUAAUGAAAGAGAAGAGAUGGGUGGUAUUUAAGGGUGAGGAUGAUCCAACGUCAAUUCCAGUGGAAUGGAUAUGUUGGUUAAAUGGGCAGCGUAAAAAGGCUCCAACCCCAGAGGAAAUGAUGGAGCUAGAAGCUAGGCGUGAACGUGUACGACAAAAUGUUGCUCUUCUCAAGAAAGAAGAGAUGGAAAGAAACUCUAAAGAAGGCAAUUUACGGAAAAUCAUCAGCACUGGUCAAGUUGCAGGUCCUGACUUGAAAAGCUUUAUUCGACAGUUCCCAACUGGUUCAGAAGGUGCCCAAGAUGUGGAAGGAUUGACUACAAGGGAUAGCCUGAGGAACUCAAACGAAAAGGAGGCAGUUAAAGAGAAACCAAUUCCAGAUUCCCAUUCUUUCACAUUCAGGUCCUCUGAGCCCGUCGGGUCUGGCCAAACAUUUAGACCAGGAACAUGGCAGCCACCAACAUGAAUGCAUGAUUGCGCUUCAAAGAGGACUCACCUAAAGCUAGCAGUUCGUGACUUCUACGUCCAACAAUUUGGUAUGCUUCUGAGUUCCAAUUACUUGCGUUCAAAUUUUUCUGAGGACUUGCCCUUCUACUUGACCGUAUCAGACAGAUCCUGCCCUCCAAAGGUCUAAAACAGGGUUGUCACUCUGCAUUGCCUUGGUUUUCAAAUGGGCAUAUUUAGUAUUGGUCUCAUUAAAACAGUUAUAAUUUAAAUUUUACGUAGCAAUGUAAAUAAGUAUCCCUAGAGAUUACUUGUGACUGUUUUGACCUCCCCCCAUCCUAUCGAGAGGCUGAGAAAAGUAACAAGCAAUUAUCGGAAGCGGCAUUGCCGUGGAAGAUUCACUGUGGGAUAGAUAUCAAUCCAGUUGGUUAAGAUUUGAUUUGUAAAUUUUUUUAUCCCAGAUUUAUAGGAAUUCAUUGUAAUAAUGUUCUCAAGCUCAGCUCGAGUGAUUAAUAAUGUUGAUGCAUGUGAUAUUGUGUUGUGUC